AUGCUUGUCUGCGAGUUACUCUCUGGGUUCAUAAGCUUUAUAAACUUUACUGUCGGACAUUACUCACCUCCUGUAAUAAGUAACCCUAACAUUCCUCCCACAAUAGGUUCAUCCAGUAAGAAAAACGAUGCUCUUUGUUUGGUUUGUGGCGAUCGGGCUUCAGGAAAGCAUUAUGGCGUCCUUAGCUGCGAUGGCUGCCGAGGCUUCUUCAAGAGAAGUAUUCGCAGAAACCUCGAUUACGUCUGCAAGGAAAAUGGUGCCUGUAUUGUCGAUGUAGCCAGACGAAACCAAUGUCAGGCGUGCCGAUUCAAGAAAUGUUUGGAAAUGAAAAUGAACAGAGAUGCGGUUCAACACGAACGAGCACCCAGAUCCUAUCAACAGCGACAUUCUAGUCCAGAUGGAAUGCGAAGACAUGGUGAAGAAAAUCAAGUUCCUUUCGUCCCCAUUACGAAAAUCUUAGACCAUUCCAGGUUAGAAUAUGCCCAGUUUCAUCAAUACUCCAGCCCAAUGACUCUGCAUCACGACCUUCAAAGUUACAGCACUGGUCAAGUGUUUCAGCCAAUCACCAUUCAGUUAGCCGAUCAAAACAGCCGGGCUGCUGCCGCUGCCGCCUUUCUACACCACCACCAUCACCAUUCCCAGCAUGCAGCACAUCCUUACCAAAACCAACUCGCCCAGACAAAUCCAGGUUCGAUCGCAGAACUAGGGUUCCGAUCGUCAGGUAAUACCAAGGGUCAGUCGGGAGAGUCGAUAGGGCGUGGCAGUGGUGGUGGCGGCAGUGGCAGAGAGACUGGCAGUGUCGAUUGCACAAGAAAAGACAAUUGUUCGUCACGAGCAUCAGUCGAGUAUUCCUCACCGACAGACCUGAAGAGAGAGAAAACGGAUUCAGACAGUACAGGUGAUUAG